CACAUUGCCUCCCUGCUGACAUGGAGGAGGACAGGCUCUCUCUUUCUUUGUGCAAAGCAGCUGGGUGCAAGCACUUGGAACUCUAGAAACGCCAAGUUGGGUUUCGCGGUGGUGGACGACAGCAAAUCUAUCCGGACAAUCGACGCUACACCGAAUUCUUUUGUUUGGUAUACCAUUUGUCGAGAUUACCAAAUUUUUUCUAUACAAACCCACCCAGAUGCAUUCAUAGCCCGCAACAAGGGGCAGGCAGCCAAAAGCAGUUUCUUUCUGCGAAGGGUGCGUGCUGCAGUGUCCAUCCAGGUUGUACUAGCGCAGCCGCGAGUUUGAUGGGCGCGUCGUCCGCGCCCGUUGCGUAGUAAUGGAACAACCAUCCAGCUCGGAUGGGCGUCGCCAAUCAUCAACAACCCACAUUCCGUCGGCGACCGACCGGGUCGAAUUUCAUCACCAUGGCCCUUUCUUCCCCGCAGAAACAACUUCCGCAGCCGCCGCCGCCGCCGCCGCCGGCCCCUCGUCGGCGGCGCCGGCGUCACUAGGGAGACCGCCACCCGAGGACGAGUUCAACGUCAAAUUCCUUGGGACCCAUCAAAUGUUGUUUAACAAGACUGCCCACCAAAAUACGCCAUACUCAGUCCACGAGCCCGAAAGGUAUGCCGAGGUCAGUGGGUUGGCGUUUCCGCAAGUGCUGCCAGAAGGAACCACGGUCGGUGGGAGCACGACGACCUCACCCUCCGUCAUGGGAGCAUCUGCGGUCGUCUCCUCGACGGUAGCGCCAAGUUUGGCGCCGAGCAGUCGAAAGGGGACCGUCGAUCCAUACGCCGAGUACUGGACCGCAAACGGCGAAUACGACCCGAACAAUUCGGCAAAAACACCAUUCCUCCCCCUUUACUCAUCUCCAGCAACAUACCAUGCAUCGCCGCAAAAUGAGCCCGUGACGCAUCUCCCCGAACCCGAUGAAUAUUAUGGCCCGCCGCCAGGCGAAUAUUCCAAAUCUUGCUAUCAAGCACAGUAUAACGCGCCUUCGAGGUCACAAUUCGGCUCACAAUUGUCUAGGAUAGGCAACCCGUAUCCUGGAGGCGGUCAAAUAGUGAAGCCGUGGUGGAAGCGGGAGACCAUAUGUGGAUUCCCUGCCAAGUUGUUUUGGAUAAUAGUUGGCUGUGUGCUCACGGCAAUCAUAGUCAUUGCGGCAGUUGUGGGUGGCGUACUCAGCAGUGACGCCAAGCGACGGGCUAGCCAGCAGAGCCCAGUUGCUGAACAGGGCGCGAUCAAUCCGGGGUUGGCCUUGCGGUCAGACUCGGAUAUAUCUGCUGUCAACUGGACGCAGCCAUCUGGAGAGGUCAGACAUGGAGUCUUUACUCAGGACACCAAUCAGGGCAUUCAGCUGUCGGUACAAGAGGACGAGCAAUCUUGGAAGACUUACAACAUUUCCAAGUUCUUGGAAGACGCUGGUAAACCAAUCAAUGUCAAGCGCGGCUCUCCUUUGGCCGCAGUUGCCAGUGGACCUCCAUGGUACAACUUUGAGGUUCGUGUGUAUUACGUCGACGGAGACUCGUUUCAGAUCCAGGAGAUCAAGACCACAGACGCCGGAUACCAGAAGUGGGAGCGCGGGGACCUACCAAACAGGCCGAACGAGCCCAGCAGAGAAGCGGGCAAGACGACGCAGAUCGGUGCUGUAUGGCAUCGCUGCGAUCAGUUACCGUCCUGCACCGAUUAUAUUUACGUAACAUAUCAAAACACGGAGAGGACCAUCAAGAUGCUCAACUCGAGCGACUGGACCAAAAUGACUUCUUUCGGAUCAGAUACCCUUUCUCGUUCAGCGGUCACCAUGUCCGAGUUUUCCGAGUCUCGGAUUGAGCCUAGUGAGUUGCGGCUGUAUUAUGACAACCAAGGGACCCUUUCCGAAUACAAAUUUAAUAGAAAUAAGCAGUGGGAGCCAGGACAACGAGUUGUAGAGAAUAGUGCAGACAUCAGCGCCCCCAAGAUAGCAAGCACAUCAUUUAAGCAAUCGAAACGAAUGCUGUUAUUGCAGAACGACGCCGACGGUACUCUCUACUGCCACAUGUGGGACCAGGUGACCUGGACACGCAACCGAAGAGCACGUUUCCUGGGCGGGCCGUCGCAACUAAAGUUCUCCGCUCUGGCCCUUGAUCGAGACCGGCGCCUAUACGGUGUCGAGCUCACAUCAGAUGGAGGGACUCCAGCCAUUCACGCAUUGAAAUGGACCGAAGCGGAUCCGUUUUCGUUUGAAUACAUCGGCCAAAUAGGUGGUCGUAGGUGAUGAAGACUGUCGGUCUCAUCAUUUUGAUAUUUUGGAGCAUUUAUUGGGGGGUGUUUGGACUAGCGACUUAUAAUGAAUUUUAUUUCCCUUUCUCGACCCAAGUUUGCCUUGUCAACUCAUCAGCUCGUGAGUUGUUCGUCUUGUAACAAACGGAAAGCAACACGCCACAUUGACGGUGACUGAACUGUUCAGCUGAAAUAUCGAGUAUGAAAGUCCGAGACCCCGAAAACUAAUAUUUGAUGGUCCUCCCCUA